AUGCCGCUUCCCGCCUUAUUUCCGAUAUUUACAUAUGUUAACCUGAGUAACCAAAUGUGUUUAAGUUCGAGUGGAGAUUUUGGGGUAUGUUUGUCAUCCUCAGCCGAGUGUCGACAAAGGGGUGGAUUUUCAACCACACCUUGUGCUGCUGGUUACGGUGCUUGCUGCAUAGUAAGAGCUACUUGUGGUAUGACAGUAAGAGAAAAUAUAACCUACUUUGUACAAAUGGGAUACCCAAGGGCGUAUAAUGGAAUCGGUUCCUGCCAGGUUACUCUUAUCAAACCGAAUUUAAAUAUUUGCCAAUACAGGUUGGAUUUUGACUUAUUUAACACAACUGGUCCCGAAAGUACGAAUCACUUGUGUAAUGACGAUCAGUUUAUUGUAGUUGGUAGCAGUCCAAUCCCAACAAUUUGCGGGAUUAAUACCGGAAAUCACAUGUAUAUUAAUGCUGGAAAUGGAAUUUCAAAUCCUAUAACAUUAUCAAUAGUCACAAGUGGAUCUUCGUUCUCUAGAAGUUGGAAAAUUAGAAUUUCGCAAAUUCCUUGUAAUGCACAAUAUAAAGCUGAUGAUAAUUGUCUGCAAUAUCAUACGGGAGUUUCGGGGCAAAUGAAAUCUUUCAAUUAUGGUGUGACUGAUGGACGACAGUUAUCUAAUCAAGAUUACAGUAUCUGCAUUCGCGCCGAGAGAAAUUUCUGCAGCAUUCAAUAUACGCAAUGCUUUGAUUCAGCUCACUUAAGAAAUGUGUCAUUCACAUUAACGGGCGAUUCGCGGGAUGUUGUACCAUCAAUGGUAGGAAGUAAUUUCUGUAGAUCCGACUUCCUUGUGGUUCCUUUAGCUUCCAAUAUUGGUCGUACAACUACAGAACAAAGUUCGACAAUUGAUAGGAUUUGUGGUGGAAUAUUAGCUGCAGAUGUUACCAGAAUCCCGAGUACAAUUAGAAGUAAUGUGAGACCAUUUCGGUUAUAUUUUCAUACUGAUAGCGUGGAAGCCCCAUUGGAUAUUGGAAAUAGGGGAUUUUGUAUAAAUUAUGUACAGCAACCGUGUGGAAAUUCCUUUUCCUAA